AUGAAUGCAUAUGGUGCUAUUAAUGAAAAUGAUUCCUCUGGCUUCGCUGCUAGGCCCGAAGCGGCACCAGAUGGAGCUGUGCCGCUCCCAUUGGCCGCGUGCAUGGGCAUUGGCAGCCAGGCGCGCCCUGGGGCAGGUGGGCCCAGCACUCCUGAACACGAGCUAGCUGAGGACGCGGCGGCGGUGAUUCGCUGGAAGGGGGCAGGGAGCGGCUUCUAG